AUUAAUUAAAUAUGGCUAUAAAAUAGAAAAGGUAAAAUAAAAGCAAAAAAUAAAUAAAAAAAAGGGAGGAAGAAAGAGAGAGAAAAUUUAGGAGUGAGAGGAGCUACCCACAUUCAACCAAUCCCCAGUGACCAUGUCGUGCUACCGUCUUCUCACUCAGAGGUCAGAGUAGCACACACUCUCUCUCUCUCUCUCUCUCUCUCUCCCCCUCUCUCUCCAGCAAUCGGGAUCUCUCUGCUUUUUGACACGAAAUUACCAACAAAACAAACAGUGCCUUAUUUCAUCUGCGUCCAUUUCCAAAUCCAUCCAUGUGCCCACUCACCACAACACCAGACCCCAAUUCCUGCCGAUACUAGGGUUUUCUUUCGCUCACGCAACUCUCAUGUUCCCCAAUUAUUGAUUCUCUUCCUUCGAUUCGAUUCGAUUCGAUUUUCUUUUCUUCUUCUUUUCCCAUGGAAGAACCGCGUCAACCGCAGCCGGAAACAGCGGCGAGCGUUGUUAGGGAUUUGGAGGAGUCGCGACUGGUCGGAGUUCCCGUCGCGCUAGCUCGCGAUGUUGACGUGGCGGAGACAGAGGGUGCUUGUUGCGUGCCUAAUUUGGAAGUCACCGUCGUGGACGGUGUCGUUUUGAAGAGGAAGCGUGGUCGUCCGGCCAGAGGCGUUCCGAAAACGGCUCCUCCUGUGAAGCAGCAGAAGGAUGAGGAGGAUGUUUGUUUCAUUUGCUUCGACGGUGGAAGCCUCGUUCUCUGCGAUCGCCGGGGUUGUCCCAAAGCGUAUCAUCCCGCGUGUAUUAAGCGAGACGAGGCCUUCUUCCGAUCGAAGGCCAAGUGGAAUUGCGGUUGGCAUAUAUGUAGUGCUUGUCAGAAGGCAGCCCAUUAUAUGUGCUAUACUUGCACAUACUCUUUGUGCAAGGGAUGUACAAAAGAUGCUGAUUUUGUUUGUGUCAGAGAAAACAAAGGUUUGUGUGGGGUAUGCAUGAGAACUAUAAUGCUGAUUGAGAACAGUGCCCAGGGAAAUAAGGAAAUGUGCGAAGUGGAUUUUGAUGACAAGAGCAGCUGGGAGUAUCUAUUCAAGGUUUAUUGGAUGUAUUUGAAAGGGAAGCUGUCUUUAACUUUUGACGAGCUCCUUCAAGCUAAAAACCCAUGGAAAAGUGUUGCUCCUAUGGGUUGUAAGAUUCAAACUCCCCAUGAACUUUAUCAUCUUAAAGAUGACAAAGGUUCUGGUUCUGAGAACUCCUGUAUAGACAUAGAAUCAAAUAAUUCAAAAAACAACAAGUCCAAGAGACCGCAGAAGCUUCUUAGCAAGGGUGAUUGCUUUGAUAGGGUAACUUCUGGUGGUGACAGUGGGGUGUCUUUGCCUGAAUGCACAAAAUGGGCAUCAAAAGAGCUUUUAGAGUUUGUUGCACAUAUGAAAAAUGGUGAUACAUCUCUCCUGUCUCAAUUUGAUGUCCAGACUCUCUUGCUGGAGUAUGUAAAGAAAAAUAAUCUUCGUGAUCCUCAACAGAAAUCCCAAAUUGUUUGUGACUCUAGACUAUUAAAUUUGUUUGGAAAAGCACGUGUUGGCCACAUUGAAAUGCUAGAGCUUCUCGAAUCCCACUUUCUGUUAAAAGACAAUGGCCCUGUGGAAAAUACUUUUGGAGCAGGAAUUAUUGAUGCUGUUGCUAGUGAAGGGGAAGCCAUUAACAAUUACAAUAAACAGUUAGCGUUAGUUAGUGACAAGAGAUGUAAAACACGUAGAAAGGAUGAUGUGAUAGUGCCACAAAAUAAUCCUGAUGCAUAUGCUGCUAUAGACACUCACAACAUUAACUUGAUCUACUUGCGGCAAGCUCUGAUGGAGAAUCUAACUGAAGAUAUUGAAAAGAUUCAUGAGAAAGUUGUUGGUUCAUUUGUGCGGAUAAGAGUCUCUAGUAGUGAUCAAAAACAAGAUAUGCAUAGACUUGUCCAAGUUGUAGGUACAAGCAAGGUUGCUGAACCCUACAAAGUUGGCACAAAAGCAACUGAUAUUAAGCUUGAAAUUUUAAACUUAAAUAGGAAGGAGGUCAUAUCAAUUGAUGAAAUUUCAAAUCAGGAGUUUGCUGAGGAUGAAUGCAAGCGUUUGCGUCAGAGUAUAAAAUAUGGGCUGUCAAAAAGAUUGACUGUGGGAGAGAUUCUGGACAAAGCAUUGGCACUUCAAGCAAUUAGAGUUAAUGAUUUGCUGGAAGCUGAGAUAUUGCGGCUUAAUCAUCUUCGAGAUAGAGCAAGUGAAAAGGGGCAUAGAAAAGAGCUUAAAGAGUAUGUGGAGAAGUUGCAGCUACUAAACUCUCCGGAGGAACGUCAGCGCAGGCUGCAUGAAAUUCCGGAUGUACACUCUGACCCCAAUUUGGAUUCAAUGUUUGAGUCUGAUGAAGAUGAUGGAGAGUCUGAUGAAAGGAAGAAAGAUGGCAAUAUAUGGUCAAAAUAUCUUGGAUUUGAUAGAAGAGAGAGGGGGCCUGUUUUUCCCAAAAUUUGGAAUGGUGUCUUGAACGAUGUGGGAUGCAAAACACAAGACUUACCUGCUGCCCGCCAGCCAAUGGGGAAUAUAUGCGUGCUAAAGAAUCAUAUUAACCAUGAUGAUACAGCUAUCGAUGAUAGCACUAAGGCAGUUCCCAAAUCAGAAGUGUCUACUGUUCCAGUGGAUAUUUCAUCAUCUCUUCUCUCUACUGGAUUGGAACAGCCAUUUAAUGAUCUUAGGAGUGAUAGGUCAUGGCAUUAUCAGGAUCCAACUGGGAAGAUUCAAGGACCUUUUUCUAUGUUGCAGCUGUGGAAUUGGAAUAAAAGUGGUCACUUCCCUCCUGAUCUCAGAAUAUGGAAGAUAGAUGAUAAACAAGAUAACUCUAUAUUGUUGACUGAUGCAAUAAGUGGGAAGUGUUCCAAAACUGUGUCAUUGCCAUUCAACAGCCAGUUGCUGUCUUUAGGUGUCAGUGUUACCUUGGAUAAUAAAGAUAAUAGUCAGGAUGCUGGGAGGAAUGCAUCAAAGAAUGAAAUUUCUUCAGACAGCCAAAUUAUCGAGCAGAGCAGGGAACAAAAGGUGGAUGAUACCUCUACUCAGUCUAAUGGUAAAGAUGAAUCUGUUAGGAGCAAUGGAUGGCAGGACCAACUGCAUGUUUUUCCUCCAUUACUCUCAACUGCCUUUCCUGAGAACUUGAAUGAGAUUCCUUCUGAUAAAUUAAGGAAAGGUCAUGGGAUAGAAGGAAACUCUGAAGAUAAUGGAAAUAAUGGCUCUAACAGGACAUCUGAUGGUCAGAGUAAUAGUGGGCAGAGUUAUCAUAAGCAAUCAGAUAGUGAAGAUAAUUCAGGGCAAUCUUCUGGACAGAACUGGAGACACACCAAUGUAAAUAGUUCUUCCAAUUGCUUGGUUACCACAUCAACUCAUGUUUCGGGUACAAAGACAUCACCGCACAAGCUGGGAUUUGAUUUGCAUAAUCCCCCUUCCCCUCCAGCAUGUAAUACAACUACAUGGCAGGCAAUCAUUGGUGAACCCAAUGAUUUUGAUGAGUCAGUUUCAGAUCUAUUGGCAGAAGUGGAGGCAAUGGAAUCACUGGGUGGCUUGGAAUCUCCCACUUCAAUCAUGAAAUGUGGUGAGGAAUUGACUGAAGGUUCUAAAAAUGAUUGUCUCAAUUUUGCAGAGCUUAGUCCAAUGCUUGACGCAGGUAAAGGUGAUGCACUGAGUUCCACAGCUGAUUUAAACUUACCAUCUCAAUCAUCAGCAGCCGAGGAACCUUUACAGCAAGCAGAUGUACAUCAUCAUCAAAGAAUAUCUGGGGAGCAUUCUUCAAGAAGUUCUAAAGUUGAGGUGGGUACAAAGAAUGUUAGUGUUUCAGGUAAUCAGUGGGAGUCACGUUCAGAAAAUUCACCCAUUGUUCCAUCCUCUGCAACCUUGGGCUUGGCUACAGACACAACUUGGAGACUUGGGUCAGAGAAUACACACUUGGGAUGGGGUGGAAUUGAUCAAGGAAAUGCAAACAUGGGUUGGGGAGUAUGCCAAACGGCAGUGCAGGAAAACAGGAGCUCAAAUUCAUACAAUUCUGUAGUAACUCAAGCCUUUGGAGACAGCCAAACAAGAUAUGGCAGUGAUCGAUUUUCUGUACCCAGAGAUCGGGGUUUGCAAGGUCAUGGUAGGGAAUCAGGUUUUGGAAGGGGCAGAAUUGCAUAUAACAGGCAAUCAUUAUUUGGUGUUGGAAAUGGAGGCUCAUAUAGGCCUCUGCCCAAAGGGCAGCGAGUUUGUAAAUUUUAUGAAAGUGGGUACUGUAAGAAGGGAGCAUCCUGUGAUUACUUGCACCCAUGAUUUUAGAUUCCAUUAGCAUUGGUCACAUUUGUUUUUUUGUAAUCCUUAACAUAUCUGAAGUUGGCUCUUUCCAAUCGUUGUAAUUUAACCUGACUGUAUUAGUCAAGUGGCAUAAUUUUUUUAUAUGAAACUACUCUAUCUUGAUCUAAGGUUUUGCUGUUUAUAAACUUUAUAUUGUAUUAACAACACGUUAAGAACUAGUCUUUGCUUUGGUAAAAUUGCCAAUAAAUUCACCUUGAUUUCAAGGU